GAAUAUGAUUUGUAGUAGGCGCCCCAGCAACAGAGUGGUAUUUUGAAAACCGAACAAAAUGAGAGCGUAAUAAUACACUAGUACUGGUAGUCUGGUACGGUGGUAGUGGUGCCUCAGUUUUUUUUUUUUUUUUUCACUUUACUUGAAGCAUCAAAAGCGCGGGCUCAAAAACACCGACUUCACACUACAUAAGCGGCAGAGCCCUAGUUUCUUUGCUUCUUUUCCACUCUCCAAUGGCGGCGUCCAAUUCUACAACCUCAGUCGACUCUUCUCUUUGGUUCGACCCUUUCUCUCUUCUCUUAACCGACCUUGAAAAUCUCACUCUCUCUUCCGACACUUCUUCUUCGGUUGAUAAGUUGAAGGAGAAUCAUGAUUGGUUCUUGAAUACAUUAAAUAAGUUUAAACCUCCUAGUGAAUCGUCGAAAAUGGCGUUGAAUUCUGCCCAAGUUAAUGUCGGUUUGCAUAACUUGAUUAUCAAACCUCAAUUCAAAGAGUUGGCUUUGAAACUCAGUUCAAUUGCGCGCUUAGAUGAGAUUCAAUCAUACAUACUAGUUGAAAGCUCCAUGGAUCAGAAAACUGCCUUGGUUGAUGGCAUCAUACAAGGUUUUCUUCAUAAGAUAGUGUUGCAGUAUUAUACCGAAAGGCAAUGCUUGCUGAAAUGUGCUCGCCAAAUGAUUAUCUAUGCAUUGAAUGUUGAUUCAGCUGCCGAAGCAGGGAAAACUGUUUUGCAUGAGGUGUCCAAGCUCAUUUCUGGUGGUCUUGAGGACAAUUUGAUAUCAAUUAUGGACAAACAUUUGUCAUCUAGUUAUCCUCAGCACAUGGAUGUAGAUCUAUUGGUUUUGUGGGCUGAAGAGAUGCUAAUCGAAGUUAAUUUGGUCUUGGAUAUUCUUUUUCUUCUAUAUUAUGAAUCAUUCUCAACUUGUAGUGCUACCAAAUGGAAGGCAUUGUGCCUUCUGUAUAAGAAUAUGACAACUGGGUCCUCAAACUUUGUUAAGCUGGGGGUAUCUUCCGAAGCCUGUAAAUAUUGUUAUCGUUCUAGAAUUCAGAUGCUGUUGAUUCUUAUGGAGACCUUAAACUUUGAGAGUCUUCUUCAGAUGAUACAUGAUGAAAUUCCCUUUAGGGAUAACUCUUUUGUGUUUUCCUCAAGUGAUAUCAUAGCUAUGGAUUCAGUAAUCUGUAGUUUCGAUAUUUAUGAGACCAAAGAAAUGGGUCCAUUGAUUCUUGCUUGGGCUGUUUUUCUUUGCUUGCUUAUGUCGCUUCCUGGUAAAGAGGAGAAUAGUGAGCUAAUGGAAAUUGACCAUGUUGGAUAUGUUCGUCAAGCCUUUAAGUCUGGUUCGUUGAAUCUUUUCCUAGAAAUUCUGCGAAGUGAGGUGUUGAAAGAUUCUAAUGGACCUGUUGCUGGUUACCGAAGUAUAUUGAGGACAUUCAUUUCCGCGUUUAUUGCAUCAUAUGAAAUUAAUAUCCAGCUGGAAGAUGAUACCUUCAAACUAAUAUUGACCACCUUAUGUGAGAUCUACAAAGGAGAGGAGUCACUUUGUGUUCAAUUCUGGGACAAGGGCAGCAUUGUUGAUGGUCCUAUUCGGUGUCUUCUUUGCAACUUGGAGGUUGAAUUUCCAUACAGAACUGUUGAGCUCACUCGUCUUUUAUCAGCACUUUCUGAGGGUUGCUGGCCGGCGGAGUGUGCGUACAAUUUUUUGGAGAGAUCUGUUGGAAUAUCAUCUUUGCUUGAGAUUAAUAGUGAGAUAUUGGAUGUUGGGGCAUCUCCUAUAAUUGAGACACAAUUGCCAUUGCAGAUUCCUACCGUGGAAGGCUUACAUAUUCCAAGCAAAACCCGUGGUCGUAUUCUUAGAAUGAUUGAUGAAAAAAUUGCUCUUGUACGCUGGGAGUAUAAACAGUCUGGGAUGAUUGUAUUGCUUCUGCGUUUAGCUCAGGUGCUGGAAUUGAAUGGCAAUGAAGAGGUUCUUGUGAUCCUUGACCUUUUCUGUCGAGUUGUAUCAUUCAACAUGGGUGUGUGUUUUUCCAUGAUAAAUAUUGGCAAGUCACUUCGUCUUCAAAUGGACUAUGGUGUUGAGCAAAUGGAGGGUGAUAUUUGGAUUGAUGUGAUUGAGGUCUUGUGCAACCUUGUCAGAAACCUGUCACCUUAUAGUGGCAGUGUCUUAGCCAUGUCCAUGUGUGUCAAGAUUCUGGCAAAGAUGAUGAAGUGCUCGCCAUCACAUGUGAGUGCUGUUGUUAUGAAGAUGAACAUAUUUGAUCUGUCUUUAAACUCUAGUAUAUUCGGUGAUAAGAACAAUGGUUUGCUGAGUGGUUCAUGGUUACUUUCUGGAAGACUUGCGAAGAUGCUUUUGAUUGAUUGUGAGCACCAUGAUGGCUGUCCCUUGACUACUUCAGUUCUGGAGUUUACUGUACAGUUUCUUGAAGCUGGCGUAGAAAAUGAUUUCGUCCAUGCUCUUGUCAUGUUCUGUCUGCAGUAUGUCUUUGUGAAUCAUGAGUACUGGAAGUAUAAGGUGAAACAUGAUCGAUGGAAUGUGACUCUGAAAGUGCUUGAAGUUCUCAAGAUAAGCAUUAUAUCUGUGCCUUACCUUACAAAGAUUGGUGGAAAUAUUAAAGAUAUCGUACUUUCUGAUUCUUCCAUCCACAACAUGAUAUUUCGAAUUAUUUGUACAACUUCAUCAGCAUUAGAGAAACUGUACAUCAGCAGACUUUAUGAUUGGAAAGAGAUUGAUGGAUUGCAGCACGCAAUAUACUUCAUGUUGAAUAUUCUUGUGUCCAUUCUUUCCAUUCCCGAGAAUGAUGUAUCUGGCUUGCCAGUAUUCCACCAAGCAUUGCUAUCGAACUUUACCAAGCCAAUUCCUGCUGUUGAAGCCCUAGCAUCCUUAAUCUCUUAUUUCCGUAAUCCUGAUAUACAAGUGGGAGCUGCUACUGCAUUGACAAUGUUGUGCCGAACUGCGGAACGUGCAGAACCUUACUUAGCUGGGAAUGCAAGCUUCAGCCUCGGUGGUAAACAGGUUAUGCAAUUGAGACAUACUGUUGAAAGUAUUAUUGGUGAACAAUCGGAGAGAAAUGAACCUCUCUUUGUAGCUGCUGUUGAACUACUUACUUCUACAGCAAAACACCAGCCUGCUUUUCUUGCUGCUAUUUUUUCUGGUGAUGAGGUAACAGCUAAUUGUUCAGGGAAUAAUGGUAAUUCAAAUGGAAAAGGAAGUGAUUCUACUUACCAGGCUUUAAAGUCUGACAAUGCAAAGCCUCUAGUGGAUACGCUUGUGAUUUAUGUUGAAAGAUCUGAUGUGCUUGUUAAGAGGAAUGCAAGAGUUCUUUUGAGUGUACUGAAUCUUAUGAAAGCACUGUGGCAAGGAGCUGCUCAGUACAUUGAUAUUCUGGAGGCCGUUAGAAAAUCUAAGCAGUUCUGGAAGCAAUUGUCUGAAUGUGUCUUGCUUGUCUGCCGUGAAGAACCCCCCAUACCCACAUCUCUCUCUGAAAAUUUGGCACACAAGUUUGCAUCUGAGUAUCAAUGUCAGUCUGUUGCAUUAGAAAUAAUGGCCUUAGAAACUUUCCUGCAAAAGAAGUUAAUACAUGCGGAGUCACUGGUGAGACAAGCUGAUCAAUCGUUCAAAGGGGAAGAUAGUAGUCUUAGUACCAAUGCACAAGUAUCUUUAAAGUCAGAUCAGCUUGAAAAUAUCCUAUUAUCUUGGUCUGAUAGCUCCUCAUUGAGCAUCCUUCUAAAGUCUUCUGCAGCUUGCAUGUAUGAUACUGAUAUUUAUUUUCAUGCAGAGGCUGCUCUUAGUUUGCUUGCUUCACACAUUAUUCAGAAGGUCGCCAUGGGUGAUUUUGGCUGCUUGUCUUUACCUAUUGUAGAAGAAGUCACCAAAUUGUCUACAAAGUUACUGAAUCUUCCUGCCUUUUCUGAAUUGAGUACCCAAUAUACACAGCAUGGUUACAGUGAAAGAAUACAUACAAAGAACUUGAUACUCGAGGAUCUGUAUUAUCAUCUUCAUGGCGAGCUGGAAGGACGUAACAUUGAACAUGGCCCAUUUAAAGAGCUUUCCCAGUUCUUAACCGACUCAAAUCUUUUCCAAACUUAUAAGUCUGUUCCCGACUUCUCCACUGGAGCCAAAAAUGUGAACUUUUUUGAUUUAUUGCGCCUAAAACAUGACAUUGGCUUUGAUAUUUGGGAUUACUCGGAGUGGAAAGCGUCAAAAAAGAUGGUGGAGACUGUGUUGCUUCACCUGCAAUAUGCCAACUCUAUGCUGUUGAUUAUUGGUUCAAGACUUCCAUCACUGAGAGCUCUGAUAACUAUUUUAACUCUCAAUAUGGGGGAUUCUGUGAACCAACAGAAAAGCAUGGUGAGAAGAAUUCCCAAGGACAAACUUUUUUCAUGCAUAGACCAGGAAUGCAAAGAGAUGCAACCAAUUUUUGGAAUAUUGUCUAUAGCUCCAGAUGCUCCUCAGGAAGUUCUCAAUUAUGUAACUGCACAAGCGGAAUUGCUUCUCUGUCUUGUUAAAAAUGUUGAUGGUGGCAUGCCUUCACCUACUUGUUUGUCCAUACUGGAAACAUGCAGUUUUGGCUUGAAAAGAUUGCGCCAUUCAAAGCCAAUAAGUUCCGAUACCAAACAUAUAACAACGUUCUUACUGAGGCUGCUUAAUUUAGUAGUGGAGAUCUGCUCACACUGUAUCUCUUCUACCAGCAGUACCAACAGUGAAUCUGAAGGAUUGAGUGAAGUGGCUAAUAGUUGCUUAGGGAUGUUGCCAAUACUUUGCAGCUGCUCUAACAUUCCUGAUCAAGCAAUCAUAUCCGUGGCUACCAUUGAUCUAAUAAUCAAGAGGCUAUUGGCGCCAACUACAUGGCUGCCCAUCAUCCAGCAAUAUCUUCAGUUGCAGCAACUAAUUCUCAAGCUUCACGAUAGGAGGUGCUCAGAAUCAAUUCCGGUAAUAAUGAAAUUCCUUUUGACCCUUGCCAGUGUUAGAGGAGGUGCGGAGAUGAUUGUUAAUGCUGGAUUCUUGUCAUCUCUUAAAAUUUUAUUUGGUGAAAUAUCGUAUGAUUGUGUGGCUGAUUGGGUAAAGCAGCCCAAAAACUCUACUACACUGGGAGCUGAGAAAGAGAAACCCCAAUUCAUCUGGGGUUUAGGUUUGGCUGUCCUUACAGAAACUAUUUGUUCUAUGGGUGAAACUUCACUCUGUAAUGAAAUUGUCGACAGUAUGAUAUCUUUCUUUGUUUCUGAGAAAGCAUGUCUGAUUGCUUAUCAUCUUAGUGCUCCAGAUUUUCCCUCUGAUGACCAUGACAAGAAACGGGCACGGGCUCAGAAGAGGCAAACCUCUUUAUCUACGUUUAUAGAGACAGAGCAUACUCUUGUGCUUUUAUGUAUCCUUGCUAAGCGCAGAAGCUCAUGGGUAAAGGCUACCAAAGAAAUGGGUUCUGAGCUUCGUGGGAAGAUUAUCCAUCUUUUAGCUUUCAUUAGUAGAAGUCACCGCCUCGGAGAGUCAUCUUCUCGUCCUGGGCCUCUUUUGUGUGCUCCUUUGUCCAAAGAGGAGAACGAGUUUUGCAAAAAGCCAUCCUUUGUAAAUAGUAGAAAUGGAUGGUUUGCGGCUGCUGCUCUGUGGUGUGUACCAGUUGCUGGUGUAUAUGAUGAAUAUCCAGAGACAGCUAUUGUGAAGGUCCAACAAAAUGCAAACUCAUGGACAUCUACAUACUUUUCAGAUACGAUUGCUAUAAAGAUAUAUAAAAUCACAUUUUUCAUUUUGAAAUUUUUAAUCCUGCAAGCUAAUCAUGCCGCUGGACGGGCAGAAGAACUUGGUUUCAUCGAUCUUUCUAGUUUUCCAGAACUUCCAGAUCCUGAAAUUUUGCAUUGUUUGCAGGACCAAACCAUUGCUAUUGUCACUGAAAUUUGCGAAGCCAAUAAAUCCAAACAGAUUCAGCAAGAUACCCAAUCUGUCUGCCUUUUGUUGCUUAACAUUGCCGAAAUGGCUUUGUACUUGGAACAUUGUGUCUCACAAAUCUGCGGAAUAAGACCCGUGUUGGGACGUGUUGAGGAUUUCUCUAAACAAAUGAGAUUUUUGGCCAGAGCUACUGAUGGACAGACGUACAUAAAAUCUUCGAUGAAACAUUUGAAGCAAAUUGUGUCGUUCGUGUAUCCAGGUUUGUUGCAAAAUGAAGGCAUUUUGUAAAUUGUACCAUUGUCCAUUGCUAGCUAGAGUUUCAGCUAACCUGUAUAGAAUAUUGUUGGAGUAUGUCAUCUUUAGUUUUCCAGAGUAUCUUCUGAUAUGUCUAUUGACUAGUGUGGUUCCGUAAGGAUGAUUGAGAUAUGUGGGGGUAGGAAAACUCAUAUAUUCCCGCCAUGGCCAAUUAAAACCACCCUUUUAUCCCAUAUUCUCAUCCAAAGAAGGAAUUACUUAUGCGGCAAGACAGAUGAAAUCUGAGCUCUUGAUCAUUCACAUAUCUGGGCUUUUUCUGUAACAAUUAACAAAAUUAGUCUAUUUUAUGUAUGUCAGUGUCUACCUAUGUCUAGCAUCUUUUUUUUCUUUUAUCCUUUUCAAGAAUAGAACGUAUUUGUCAAGUAUGAUGAUAAGAUAUUGAUGAAUCUACAACAUUAAUGAUUUUUUGUGGAAUUUUAUCUCAAAUUAGUUAAUUUCAUUCAAUCACUUGGUAAAAGUUAGGUUAUAAAAGUAUAUGAUGCUAGUAAUGUUAUGUCCAUUUUUUUUUUCGUUUUGUUGACCUAUGCAUCUAGUGCAUAGAUUUGGAUGAUUAAUCUGGUAAUUAUUUAAUGUUGUAGGUGAUUUUUGACAUCAAUGAUCAAGUGAAAAUAUUUAUUUUGGUAAAAUUUAGGUUCCGUAAAUAUAACAUUCUAAACACAAGAUUAUCUAUGUCCGACUCGCUUAAGUUUCGUUUAGGUGGGAUGACUAAAACAGCUGCUCUUGGGAGUUAGGAGCGACGGUCUCAAUGAGA